AUGGCAGAGGAAGGGAGUGGUAAACAGGUGAAGGAAGAAGAGCAAGCAAAGAGCACCACGGGCAGUGGGGAGGUGACGAGCGGAGGAGGAGCAGACCCGCCCACAGGGAGUGAUGAGGAGAAGGUGACAGAUGAUGGAGGGGCAUCCCCCGCCGGGAGCAGUGAGACCCCCGCUGGGAACAGCGGAGGAGGAGCGGACCCGCCCACAGGGAGUGAUGAGGAGAAGCUGGCAGACGAUGGAGGGGCGAAGGACAGAGUGGAGGCAGAAAACAGCACAAGCAGUGAGGUGGGGAAGGGCGCAGAAGGAGCGGAUCCGCCCACGAGCAGUGAGGAGAAGGUGACAGAUAAUGGAGGGGCAUCCCACACCGGGAGUAGUGGGACCGACUCUAAUGGAGAGGAUGGAACGAACUCUGGGGGGGAGGGUGCAACUGCUGGGGGGAAGGAGGGUGUGUCUACGGGAGGGGAGGAGGGUGCAACUGAGGGAGAUGCGCGCAAGGGGGAUGCAGCAGAGGCGGGUGGGGAGAGCGAUGGCGCAGGAGGAGCUGAUGGCAGCUCAGACCCCAGUUUUGCCAACUCAGACACCGGUUCUGCCAGCUCAGACACCAAUUCUGCCACCUCAGGCACCAAUUCUGCCACCUCAGGCACCAAUUCUGCCACCUCAGACACCAAUUCUGCCAGCUCAGACACCAGUUCUGCCAGCUCGGACUCAGAGACUGACAAAUUAGGCGAUAGCUAUGACAGCCUGGAUAAAUCUAACAACAUAGACACCAGUUCUGACAACUCAGGCGCCAGUUCUGACAACUCGGGCACCACCGCUGACAGCUCAGAGUCACUAUCUGACAGCUCAGAGUCACAAUCUGACAGCUCAGAGUCGCAAUCUGACAGCUCAGGCACAGAAGCUCCUGGAGAGGAGAGCAGCAAUACUGGUGGCGAAGGGAGCAAUGCGAGUGCGCCUUCUGUUGGAGAUGGUGGGGAUGGAGGUGGAGGAGGUGAGGGGAGCAGUGCUGGAAUGGGAAUCGGUGAUGGCACCGACAGUGGGUCGAAGGAGGCAGGGGAGGGUGCUGGGGCCCCAGCAUCUGAUGGCACUGGGGCAAUAACACCAUCGAAUGGGGAGGAUGCUGGGGCGCCAGCAUCUGAUGUGAAAGAGGCUGCAAGGACUGCAACAGCGCCAGCAUCAACACCACCAGCAGCAGCAUCACUAGCACCAAGAUCAGCGCCAGCUCCAGCUGCAAAGGCAGCAGGAAGUGAGGAGAACUCGUCCUCACCACCAGCAUCAGCAACUGUGCCACCACCAUCCGCACCACCCUCAGCAACACCACCAACAGGGGAACCAGCAGCACAGGCGCUGCCAUCCGCACCAGCAGCACAGGCGCUGCCAUCGGCACCAGCAGCAACACUCCCCGCGACCUCCACUGCAAACCCGCUCACUUCCUCUUCCCCUGCCCCUCCUAAAAAGAAGAAGACACAGAGCUCCCAGUGGGUGUGGUGGCCGUUAGGGAACGGAAUAGGUGGGGUAAAGAGUGAUGUGGAUGCGCUGCUUCCUCACGGCUGGGGUGGUGCAGCAGCGAGUGGAAGAGGGACUGGGAACGGGAGGAGGGAGAGGCUGUACAGACCAGCAGUGCAGCCUAAUCCAGUUGUGGUUGGGGGAGGAGGGACUACUAGCCAGGGAAGUGCAGUUGCUGCCUACACUGGCCUGGGCUCAUCUGGGUCCUCCACCUCCUCCCGCUCUACGAGUGGCGUGCGCUUAGUCACUCCUGGAGUCGAGCCGACAUACAGUGCGGGAGACAUGGUGUAG